GUGUUGCUUGUCCCACAUUAAUGUGAGCAGUGCGUGUGCGUAGCAAUGAAAUGUGGUAGUAGCUAUUCCGACAUGUGGUCGGCAUUGUUGUGGUCCGUACUGUUGAUGCUGCUACUCCCCACAGCAGUAGAGGUACACGGUCAGCAGUGGGGUGAACCGAAGUUUGAAACGGAUAAUGCGGAAAACAUAUCACUGGCCGCGUUCGACGGCACGCUGCUGCAGCAAGAUGUAUGGAUGGUGGAAGAGAUACAACCACCAUUCGUACUGCUGUGCCUCAACUACCAAGGACCACCCGAACCCACCAUAAGACAGGCGCCUGCCAAUCUCGAGGUAGAGCUGAAGCGGGCAAACGAUGGCCGCUGGUGUAUCUACAUCAAUCGGCGCCAGGACUACGAGGUUGACAAGCGCAGCAACAUCAUACUUUUAGUGGUGGAAAAUCCCGCCAUACCGUACACCAUUUUGGUGACGCUGGUAAACAUUCUUGACAAUGCUCCCGUCAUGACGGCGGAAGGCAGUUGCGAAAUUGAGGAGCAGCGCAACGAUUUCGUUUCCGACUGUUUGUUCAACGUGUACCACGCGGAUGGGUUCGAGGUGAACGGGAUCGGCAAUUCAAGCACGAACGAGCUGUCGUUUGCGAUCGACGAUGCGUCCGGUGCUGGGGAACAUUUUGAGUACGUGGUCGCAGCUAAAACGCAUCCCCAGCCGAAUUAUAACAAGCAGUACAAUUUGAAAAUUAAAAAAGCAUUAGACUACACUGAGAAGGCGAUUUUCAACUUCAUCACCACCGUGUACGAUCUCGACAGAACACACUCGUUCAGCAUGAGUACGAUUGUGCAGGUGCGCAACGUCGAUAGCCGGCCACCAAUCUUUAGCCGACCGUUCACCACCGAACGCAUCAUGGAAAAGGAAAUGUUCCAAACACUCGUGAUCGCCAUCGACAGAGACACUGGUCUGAACAAACCGAUCUGCUACGAACUUACGACCAACGAUCCUAAAUAUCAGAAAUAUUUCGAAAUUGGACAAACUGAUGGUCUGCUAACUGUGCACCCUAUCGAUCGCGACGCGGAACAGAACGAGCUGUACUCAUUUGCGAUUAUAGCCUACAAAUGUCACAACAGGCUACUAAACACAUCCAGCGAAGGUGCAAUUAUUUUAGAGGACAAAAACGAUAAUCUGCCCGAGAUUGCUAUGUACCCGGUGGAGCUCCAAAUUUGGGAAAACACCAUAAUGGAGCUAGAGUUCGAUCAAUUUACAAUCAACGAUCGGGAUCUAGGUGAACAUGCACGGUACGAAGUACGGUUGGCAGAAACGGUAAACAGCAUACAGCAACCAACGACUUCCUUUACAAUAAUCCCAGAGAAUGGUUACCAGCUGGUAUCGUUUACAAUUAAUAUUAUCAACGCUGCCAAGCUGGAUUACGAGUUGCCUGAGCGACAAACAUUUCUGCUCCACGUAACCGCCCAGGAGCCGAUCGAACCUGCCCACCAAAACACUCAAACUAUUACGAUACGGCUUCGUAACUGGAAUGACGAGGUGCCAAAGUUUAGUCAGGAAAUCUAUGAAUCUAGCGUGCUAGAAACGGUCGGCGCCGACGUACGGUUGGUAACGGUCACCAUUACCGAUCGUGAUAUAGACGACAGCAUCAAGCUAAUCGUUUUGGGACGUCUGUCGGAAAGUUUGGCAGUCGUACAGUUGCCAGUCGGUACCGAUCCGAUAUCCGGUGAUCCGAUGUAUCAAUUUGAUCUUACCACCAAACGAGCAGACAUUUUCGACUACGACAUUGCGCAGGAGGUGAUCGUACAGCUGCAGGGCGAGGAUACGCUGAGGACCGAGAAAAAUGAACCAAUUCAUCAGAUCUUUUCACAGCUGACCAUUACCGUGCUUGAUGUAAACAACAAACCUCCUCAGAUUACUUUGCCUCGAGGUACGAUGCACAUUUUGGAAAAUUCUGUCGCCGAAAGUGAGGUUAUUAUUGGUGAGGAGCAAGUCGCACAGAUUAUCGGCACGGAUCCAGAUACGGAGGCGGAGCUAGUAUUUAGCAUCGAUUGGAGCAGCAGCUAUGGCACCAAGAGUGGAGUUCGUGCGAAACCUGAAACUUACGAAAACUGUUUCUAUAUACACGAAGUAAAGGUAAAUCGACAGCGAACCGAAGCAACCAUAAGGGUGAAUCCGGCUUUCAAUCAGGAGGUAGAUUACGAAAUGUAUGAUACACUCUUCCUGACGAUUCGUCUUGUCGAUCAAAAUCAAACCAUUAUGCCCAACAUGGUAGAAACGGUGGUUGCGAUACAAAUUGACGAUGAGAAUGAUAAUCGUCCCUUUUUCGAUGAGGACACACUGACGGUGGUACGAUCGGUGCGGGAACAAUCCGAUGCUGGAGUCACUAUCGGCAACAUAAUAGCGUACGACAUUGACGGACCAGGCAAUAACGAAAUGACCUUCACAAUGGAACCCUUGAAUCCUGCCCACAAAGACUGGAUGGAUAUCGAUCAAAACGGUAUCAUAAGAGUUAAAGCGGCACAAUCGAUUGAUUGCGACAUACCACCGAUCGAGUUUGUGAUGCAGAAUGUUACCGUGUCGGAUUGGAAAUGGGGAAGUUGGCACGUUUUCCAAAUUGAUCUGAUGGAUACGAACAACAAGCAACCUUAUCACGAUCCGCUCCCGAACGAUGGUCAGGUGUAUAAGUUUGAAAAAAUACCCUCCAACACCGAGAUAGUGUUGGUGGAGGGUAAGGACCACGAUCGUGAUGUACCAUUCCAUACGGUAUCGUACGAGAUCAACUAUCGUGAUUUCCCGCAGCUUCAGCGGUACUUCGAGGUCGACAGUACCGGCCGGGUGUACGUGAAGGAAAACAACGAUCUGCUCGAUCGUGAUGGUGGUUUGGAAAGCAUCAUGAUCAACAUCGUCAUGGUGGAUAAUGCAGGAGGGUUUGGCAUCCAAAAUCGUGUAUCGACAAACAUUCGCGUCACGCUGCUUGAUAUCAACGAUCACUACCCGGAACUUCCUGAGCUAUCGUCAGACGAGUUGGAAAUAUCGGAAGACAGCAAACAGGGGUACACUAUACGGCCAGACUUUGCUGCAGUUGAUCUUGAUGAUAAGGAAACCGCGAAUGCUAAGAUCAAUUAUUAUGUGCGACAGAUUUUACCAGCACGGGAAACGGAAAUAUUCUCCCUGGAAUAUGUGGACGAGUACAGUGCCGCACUAAAAGUGGCACAGGACUUAAAAGGUUACCACGGAACAUGGACUCUAAAAGUAGAGGCAUGCGAUAGAGGCAUUGAGUACAAUCCGAUUAUUGAGCUUCCCGAACCAGCCGAAAGCAAAUGCAGGACGCGUGAUUACGAGUUGGUGGUUACACCGUUUAAUUACAACAGUCCCACCAUCACAUACCCGACCCGGAAUGCACAGAUUCGGCUGAAAUACGAAUCAUUAAAGAAUGGUAGCCCGCUGGUCGAUACGAAUGGAUCUAAUUUGCCGAAUUUUGUCGCGGUUGAUGAUGAUGGUGGCAUAUAUGGUGACGUUACGUUUUCCCUUCGCAGCACCAACGAUAACGACCGAGACCACGAGGUGUUCCGGGUCGACAAGCUGGACGAGAAAACUGGCCGGCUGGUGUUGGAAAAUGAGCAAGCCGUGCUGGCGUUUCCGAAAAAUUACAGCCUUACCGUGAUUGCCAGAGAUGGGGGCGACAAGCAGUCGGAAACUACGAUCUACAUCGUUUUUAUCAAUAUGACGGGCGAACCGGCCUUCCUACAGCCGACCUUCGAUACGGAUUUUACAGAAAAUGAAGAGGGUCUGGACGAGCGUAGGCAACUUCCAUUCGCUGAGGAUCCCAAGAACGCUGGCCUGCCGCCAGGCGCACAGACUAACGUGUUCUACUUCAUCGACCAGAAGUACGGCAACGCGAGCCACCUGUUUGCACUGGACCCGGAAACGAAUGUGCUUCGGCUGGACCAGCUACUCGACCGGGAAGAGAUACCGUCUCACGAAAUACGAAUCGUCGCUACCAAUAAUGAGAACGGUCCACCGGCAACGCUCGUCGACUCGUCCCCCUCGCUGCUGGUUGUCCGGAUCAAGGUGAAUGACGUGAACGAUAAUCCGCCGGUAUUUCAGCAGCGCUUUUACGCGGCCGGUAUCACCACUAACGAUCGGGUACCGAAGCCACUGUUUCGCGUGUACGCUGAAGAUCCGGACGAGGAUGAAAUUAUCCGGUACGAGGUGGUGAGCGGGUCGGAACAAGCAGAAGGUGAAAAUCUGCCAUCCGACGCCUUGCCAUUCCGAUUAAAUCCAUCCACCGGGGAAUUGACGCUGAUACAAAAGGUUCUGCCGAACCAGAAGGGACACUAUCAGUUCACCAUUAUUGCGUUCGAUAAGGACGACACGCACAACGACACGGUACAGGCGAAGGUGUACAUCGUGUCCGAAUCGAACCGGGUGACAUUUGUCUUUUUGAACAGCGUCGAAGAGAUAGAUCAGCCGGACGUGCGAGAGUUUCUUACCGAUCAUUUGACCGCAGCGUACGGUAUGCAGUGCAAUAUUGACGAUAUCGAUCAGGCGUUAGAGAGUGAGCGGCAAGGGGGUUCCAGCAGCAGCGCCCUGACGGACGUCCGGACCCAUUUCAUCCAGGACAAUCAGGCGGUGGAGGCAAGCCGUAUACAGCAGCGUUCCUCCGAUCGUACCUUCGUCACCGAAUUGAAGGCCACCCUCCGUCUCCGCAACCUUUCCCUGCAAGAUGUACCACUGACGCCGGAAUCGUUGACCGAGGCCGACGAAACGUUGCAGAUAAUCCUGAUUGUGGUAUCGGCGGCUCUAGCCGUACUGUGCUUGAUUUUGUUUGUGGCAUUUUUCAUCAAGAUUCGUAGCCUUAACCGACAGCUGAAAGCACUGUCCGCCACGGACUUUGGUUCGAUUUCGUCCGAGCUGAAUGGGAAACCGGCGCGCAACGUUCCUACGACGAAUAUCUUCUCCAUCGAAGGAUCCAACCCAGUGCUGAACGAUAACGAGUUCAAUGGGCGUAUGGGCGGUGGCGGAGUUUACGAUGAUCUUAGCCUUCAAUCGGAAGAAUCAGAUUUCAACGAUAUGGACCGGGACAUCUUCUCACCGAAGCGUAAGGAGAGUCUCAAUCCUGCCUUCCUGGAACAUUUGCGCCAGCGCUCGUUAAAUCCAAUGGCGAACGGUAUGGACAAGAGCAUCGAAAUCGUGGAAGGUCCUAAUCAUAAAAAACUGGACGAAACCGACGACGAGCUGUCCCAUCGGUUCUAAUGGCGUCAAUUCGAAAUGUUAACUGGCUUGUUUUGCUGUAUUAAUUUUAGCUGUAAAUACGCUUUAUU